CUUUAUAUUUUUUGUAUAUUUAAUUAUUAAUUAAAUGUUUAAGUAUAUUCAGUAUGUAUAAAUUUAAAUAUAAAUAUAUAAUAAUAUGUAUUAUAAAGCGGUAUUUGUGAUUGAUUGCUGAACAUAAAGCUCUGCAAUAAUUAUAUGACAAGUCAAUAGCUUUAGUUGAUUCAGAAUCACUGUCUGUCAAAUAUAAAGUCUUUUGAAGAAGAAAUUCUCUUGGCGACAUUGUCCAAAAUAGACUCCUGUUAACUUAAUAACAUACUCAGUGCACAAAUAUCUGAAAAUGUCAGAAGCUGCUGAUGAUCCGAUAAUUAAAAUUGAACCACAAGAAUAUCCAAUCGAAGACAUUAAACAGGAAAUUGAGGAAGACAUUAAACAGGAGAUUGAGGAAGACCCUGAAUCGUGCUCAGAGGAUGACAAAACAUGUCUAAAGAGAUUUAUGAACUCUAUUGUAAAAAUAGAAGAAGAUGUCAAACAGGAAAUAAUUCAAACUGCUCCUUAUAAAUGUGACAAGUGUCAUAGAACAUUUAGAAAGUUGCAUUAUUUAGAACAGCAUAUGGUAAAUUAUUGUCAUAAGUGUACAUAUUGUUCAAAGACUUUUCCAGAUGCAAGUGCAUUAGAAAUACAUAUAAAAUCUCAUACAGGUGAAAAACAUUUCACAUGUACAAAGUGCAAUAAAGCAUUUAUUGAAAAAUAUCAUUUAGAUCAACACAUUUGCGCUUCUGCGAAAGAACAGAUUUUACAUUUGAAUGAAUCUAGUAAUCGAAAACGAAAUAUUUGCGCUCAUACUGCAAAGGGACAAGGUGGACGUCCCCAUAUUUGCCAAAUUUGUGAUAAGACAUUCACAGUAUUGAGUGCCUUGAAUAGACAUAUGAUCAUCCACACUGGUGAACGUUCGCAUAUUUGCCAAAUUUGUGAUAAAACAUUCACACAAUUGGGUACCUUGAAUAGACAUAUGUCCGUCCACACUAGUGAACGCCCUUAUAUUUGCAAAAUAUGUGAAAAGACAUUCACACAAUUGGUUGUCUUGAAUAGACAUAUGCUUAUUCACACUGGUGAACGUACCUAUAUUUGCCAAAUUUGUGAUAUGACAUUCACACAAUUUUCUCAAUUGAAUAGACAUAUGUUGAUUCACACUGAAAAACGCCCCAAUAUUUGUCAAAUUUGUGAUAAGACAUUCACACAAUUGGGUACCUUGAAUAGACAUAUGCUAAUUCACACUGGUGAACGUCCCCAUAUUUGCAAAAUAUGUAAAAAGGCAUUCAAACAUUUGAAUGUUUUGAAUAAACAUAUACUUAUUCACACUGGUGAACGUCCCCAUAUUUGCAAAAUAUGUAAAAAGGCAUUCACACAAUUGGGUAACUUGAAUCAACAUAUGCGAAUACACACUGGUGAACGCCCCUAUAUUUGCAAAAUAUGUGAUAAGGCAUUCACAGAAAUGGGUACCUUGAAUAAACAUAUGCUCAUUCACACUGGUGAAAGGUCACAUAUUUGCCAAAUAUGUAAUAAGACAUUCGCACGAUUGAGUACCUUGAAAUUGCAUAUGCUAAUUCACACUGGUGAACGUCCUCAUAUUUGCAAAAUAUGUAAAAAGGCAUUCACACAAUUGGGUAACUUGAAUCAACAUAUGCUCAUCCACACUGGUGAGAAUCCUUAUAUUUGCCAAGUUUGUGAUAAGAGAUUCAGUUACUUGUGUAACUUGAAUAGACAUAUGGUCAUUCAUACCGAAGAAUGCCCCUACAAAUGCAAAAUUUGUGAUAAAGUAUUCAAACGUUCAAAAGCCCUGAAAAGGCACAUGGUUGCUCAUACCAAUAAGUAA